UGCACAGUGAAUACCUGCCAGUUGCAGACGGGGAUUAUUCUUUAUUCGUUCAUCCCCCCAAUAGAUAUGCAAUCAUGGGAAAAAAGAAGAGCAAAUCUAACAGCACGGGAGCCGCUUCGAUCGCACCAGCAAAUGCGCUCACUACGACCUCAACUAUCGCAGCGGACCCUAUACUUGGCUACAGGAUCCGGGUUCUUCUCCACGAUUUCCUCAACGUCACCAAAGAUUCUCGUUCACAGAAGCGCCUUAACUCUACAACUGACGAGCGAUAUAUCAGUGUCCCAUAUUUUGAUGAGGCACAAGCUGCGGUGGUCAAAGCAGCGAUUAUAGAUGUUGACCUUGCCAAGCAUGUUUCAGCUGCAGCUGACGAUAUCGAAUACAUUGAUCGAGAUUUGAUCUCGCAGCAAGGAAAGAGUUUCGAAACCGCAGUUCGAACACUUCUGGGUGGUUUCCUCGACAAACGGCGUGCUAGUGGCGAUACUCGACCUUGCGGACCUCAUCACUUGGCACCUUUGUAUGCCAAGUUCUUUGGUGUUGAUUUGGAGGAACUCAAGGAGGAUAAGUUCUUGGGUCGUCUGAGGAGAGCCGGCGUCUAACUUCUUAGUUAACUAUGGAUGACUAUUGAUGACGGCGGCCUAUAAGGUUAAGCUUUAGACUGCGAACACAGAUAAUGAAUGACAACACGAUAUUCCCCCCCCCGAUA